UGAUUUAAUGAUUAUUGCAGUGAUUUUACUGAUCAGUGUGAGCGUGUUGUUGUUGUGAUUUCGGUGAUUAUUGCAGUGAUUUUACUGAUCAGUGUGAGCGUGUUGUUGUUGUGAUUUCGGUGAUUAUUGCAGUGAUUUUACUGAUCAGUGUGAGCGUGUUGUUGUUGUGAUUUCGGUGAUUAUUGCAGUGAUUUUACUGAUCAGUGUGAGCGUGUUGUUGUUGUGAUUUCGGUGAUUAUUGCAGUGAUUUUACUGAUCAGUGUGAGCGUGUUGUUGUUGUGCAGCCUCGUGACAGAGCCGUGCUUGUUUUUCUGCUCUGCUGUGGGUCCUCUUCCGCAGAGUUUUGCCCGGUCAGCGAUAUUUGGCGGCAGACAGAAUGUUGAUCCCCAGAUUAAACCCGAGAACAAAAGAGGAAAGCAGCCGCCACAACAACAGGAGCUCACAUGGUUUCAGACAACAACACGCGGCCCGUCCUCUAUAUGACAACAUCAGACCAACGCCAAACACCACAACCACAGAGGACCUGCACACAGACACAUCGGCAGCCAAUCAAACACCAGGAAACCCCCCAGAUCGGUGCACAGCCAGCACCCCUCACCAGUUCAGCUCUCUGGUUUCAUUCCACUCCUGAUUUUUCCUCCAGGAUGUUCAGCCGGACUCUGUUGCUCAUCUGUGUCGCUGUUUUCUUCUGUGCAGAUGCUGAGGAUAAGUCACGGCUCUACAGGAGGCCCUCCUGUGGGGGGACGACCGUGACUCAGGCGUGUCCUCUGGAUUACUCUCCCGUGUGUGGCAGCGAUGGCAUCACCUACCCAAACGAAUGUUCUCUGUGUGUUAACAGACUGGUGAAAAAUGCCGACAUCCUGAUCGUUUCAGACGGACCCUGCUGAGGAUGACAUCAUCCACUCCUCCCACACUGAUGAUGUCAUCACACUUCAACCUAAAUGAUGAUGUCAUCAUGUGAACAUCUGACAUCUGUUUGAAUGUAGCUGUUAGCACGCAUGCACGCAUGCACACACACGCACACACACACACUCACACGGACACACACACAGCAACAUGCACACACAGA